GGCUGGUCCUGGGUCCCGAACUGUGCUUCUGUUGAAGUAAGGGUGUCAGGACUGUCAGAGCUGAAACGCGCGGGGGAAGAGUCGCUGGGAGUGUACGGCCGUGUCUCCUGCGGUUUUGUGCGCCUGACUGGUCUUGGUGACAGUGUGGACAGCCAGCCGGAGCUGAGAGGAGGAAAGAAUGGCUGUUGCACAUUCAAAAACAAAGUUCAAGUUCUGCCUUUUCCAGGCCCUCUGCUUCUCUAACAUAGGAGCCCAAAAGAAGAUUGAUCAUUUCUUGAAGCUCUAAAAACCAUGUUUCAGAGAUCAGUGAUGUUCAGGGAUGUUGCCAUUGAUUUCUCUCAGGAAGAGUGGGAAUGCCUAGACUCUACUCAAAGGGAUUUGUACAGAGACGUGAUGUUGGAGAACUAUAGUAACUUGGUGUCACUAGACUUACCUUCAAGAUGUGCCAAUAAAGACUUGUCUCAAAAAAAGAACGUUAAUGAAAGAACAUUCUCCCACUGGGAAAUGAAUGGUCGGCUUGAAAACUGUGAGCUUGAUAAAUCCAAUUCCAGAGAUUAUUUGGAAUUCAAAGGCAAGUUGGAAAAGCAACAAAAUCAGAAAGAAUAUUUUGUUCAAGGGAUGAUGACAUAUGACAAAAUGUCUAUUUUCAACCACCAUACUUAUUUAUCUCAACAUCCAAGAUGUCAUUCUUUGGAGAAACCCUAUAAGUGUAAGGAAUGUGGAAAAGCCUUCCGUCGAGCCUCACACCUAACUCAACAUCAGAGUAUUCACACAGGUGAAAAACCCUAUGAAUGUAAGCAAUGUGGGAAGGCCUUUAGUCGUGAUUCUCAGCUCAGUCUUCAUCAGAGACUUCACACUGGUGAGAAACCCUAUGCAUGCAAAGAAUGUGGGAAGGCCUUUACUCAAAGCUCACAACUUAUUUUACAUCAUAGAAUUCAUACUGGUGAAAAACCAUAUAAAUGUGAAGAAUGUGGAAAAGCCUUUAUUCGUAGCUCACAACUCACCCGUCAUCAAAAAGUUCAUACUGGUGAGAAACCUUAUGAAUGUAAAGAAUGUGGAAAGGCCUUUACUCAGAACUCACAACUUACUCUGCACCAGAGACUUCAUACUGGUGAGAAGCUGUAUGAGUGUAAAGAAUGUAGGAAGGUCUUUACUCAGCUCUCACAACUUAUUCUGCAUAGAAGAAUUCAUACUGGUGAGAAACCUUAUGAAUGUAAGGAAUGUGGGAAGGCUUUUAUUUGUGGUUCACAGCUUUCUCAACACCAGAAAAUUCAUAAUGGGGAAAAGCCAUAUGAAUGUAAGGAAUGUGGAAAAGCCUUCAUUCGGGGCUCACUCCUAAUGCAACAUCAAAGAAUUCAUACUGGUGAAAAACCCUAUAAGUGUGAAGAAUGUGGGAAGGCCUUUAUCCGUGGUUCACAACUUACUCAACACCAGAGAAUUCAUACUAAUGAAAAGCCUUAUGAAUGUAAGGAAUGUGGAAAGACCUUUAGUCAUGGCUCACAACUUACUCAACAUCAGAGAAUACAUACUGGUGAAAAGCCCUAUCAAUGUAAGGAAUGUGGAAAGGCCUUUAAUCGUGGCUCGCUCCUUACUCGACAUCAGAGGAUUCACACUGGUGAGAAACCAUAUGAAUGUAAAGAGUGUGGAAAAAAUUUUAGUCGUGGCUCAGAACUUACUCAACAUGAAAGAAUACACACUGGUGAGAAACCCUAUGAAUGUAAGGAAUGUGGGAAGUCUUUUAUUCGUGGCUCACAGCUUACUCAACAUCAAAGGAUCCAUACUGGUGAAAAACCUUAUGAAUGUAAACAAUGCAGAAUGGCCUUUACUCAGAGUUCACAUCUUUCUCAACAUCAGAGACUUCAUACUGGUGAGAAACCCUAUAUAUGUAAUGAGUGUGGAAAGGCCUUUGCUCGUGGCUUAUUGCUUAUUCAACACCAGAGAAUUCAUACAGGUGAGAAACCAUAUCAGUGUAAGGAAUGUGGGAAGGCCUUUAUUCGUGGUUCACAGCUUACUCAACAUCAGCGAAUUCACACUGGAGAAAAACCCUAUGAAUGCAAGGAAUGUGGAAAGGCCUUUAGUCAUGGCUCUCAACUUACUCUACAUCAGAGAAUCCAUACUGGAGAGAAGCCCUAUGAAUGCAAAGAAUGUAGAAAGGCCUUUACUCAGAGCUCUCAUCUUUCUCGACAUCAAAGAAUUCACACUGGUGAGAAACCAUAUCAGUGUAAGGAAUGUGGAAAGUCCUUUACUCGUGGUUCACAACUUACUCAACAUCAGAAAAUACAUAUCACUGAAGAAUCUUUUGACUAUAAAGAAUGUGAACUAGGCUUUAGCUGUAAUACAUUCCUUACUCUGCAUCAAAUAAUGAAUGAUGAAGAGAAACACUAUGAGUGUAAAAAAUGUGGAAAGGCCUUUAGUCAGAGCUCACAAUUUAUUCAACAUCAGCGAAUUCAUAUUGGUGAAAAAUCAUAUGAAUGUAAAGAGUGCGGGAAAUUUUUUAGUUGUGGUUCACAUGUUACUCGACAUCUAAAAAUCCAUACUGGUGAAAAACCCUUUGAAUGUAAAGAAUGUGGAAAGGCCUUCAGUUGCAGCUCAUACCUGUCUCAACAUCAAAGAAUUCAUACUGGUAAGAAACCAUAUGAAUGUAAAGAAUGUGGGAAAGCCUUUAGUUAUUGCUCAAAUCUCAUUGACCAUCAACGCAUUCACACUGGUGAAAAACCAUACGAAUGUAAAGUAUGUGGGAAAGCCUUUACUAAAAGCUCACAACUCUUUCAACACGUGCGAAUUCACACAGGUGAAAAACCCUAUGAAUGUAAGGAUUGUGGCAAAGCCUUUACUCAGAGCUCAAAGCUAGUUCAGCAUCAGAGAAUCCACACUGGGGAGAAACCCUAUGAAUGUAAGGAAUGUGGCAAAGCCUUUAGUAGUGGCUCAGCACUUACCAAUCAUCAGAGAAUUCACACUGGCGAGAAACCCUAUAAUUGUAAAGAAUGUGGGAAGGCUUUCACUCAGAGCUCACAACUUCGUCAGCAUCAAAGAAUCCAUGCUGGUGAGAAACCUUUUGAAUGUCUUGAAUGUGGGAAGGCCUUUACUCAGAACUCACAACUUUUUCAACAUCAGAGAAUCCAUACAGACGAAAAACCAUAUGAAUGUAGUAAAUGUGGCAAGGCCUUUAAUAAAUGCUCAAACCUUACUCGCCACUUGAGAAUUCAUACAGGGGAAAAGCCCUAUAACUGUAAGGAAUGUGGGAAGGCUUUUAGUAGUGGCUCAGAUCUCAUUCGCCACCAGGGAACUCAUAUUAAUGAAUAAUAGAAAUUAUAGCUCUUGUCACCUUCUUAACAUUGUAAAGAAAAAUUGGUAUUUGAUAGUUACCCUCUUCUACUAUGUUCUGUUUAUUUUAUAUCAGUUUUCAAUCCAAAUGAAUAUCACUGAGGUUAUGAAAUUCAAAGUAUAAAUUGACAUCCUCCAGUCUUGUACCAAUGCAAAUUUUUCAAAAAUUAUUUAUUUCCCCAUUGUUUGGGGAUGCAUUAUAUUCUUGUUUAUACAGUAGACUCUCGAGUUAUGACCGGCCUAAUAUAUGAGCAACUUGGGUUAAUUAGGUUAAUAGAAGAUUUUCUGCCUCUUGUUAACUAUUGUGUGUACCCAAGUAGACAUCAGAUCUCAGCUGUAGUGUCUUACAACCAACUUGAGUUAUAACCAGCCCCUGGGAAUUGAGUCCCUAAGUCAAGGAUCCACUGUAUUUGCUUAUGUUUUUAGGAUGGUCUUCUCUUUUUCUGAUCUAUAUAUUUGUGCUUGCACCAGUAUCACACUGUUUUGUGUG